AGGUUUUGGAGCUGCUUUUGCUUUGUUUUGUUUUCCAUUUCCCCCAACGGGAAUUCGAGUGCGUAGGUGUGUUUGUGUGUUUGCUGCUACGCUUUUCAUCGCACCCGCAACGGAUCCUUCACAACGUCGCCCCAAUUUUUGUGCGCGUUGCCUCCGCUCGCUAGCGCGCACCUGAAAAGGGGAGCCUUCACGUUAUAACUUGCCGCCUUUCUUCGCCGUCUUUUUACACCUUGUUUUUGCUUUUCUCCACGCUCCUUGCUGUGUGUGUGUGUGUUUGCGAAGUACUCUUCCAAACACGGAUACGUCCCACCCAGCCUUUUUUUUUUUCCGAGCCCUCUUUCUGUUGGUAACGCCGGGAGAUGCCGCCGAAGGGGACGAAAAGGGCACCUGCAAAGGCAGCGGCGGUGACGAAGCCCGCCGACGACGCCGUCACUCUUCCUUCCCCCGAUCCCUCCACGAUGGCACCGUCGACGGCAGCCGCCGGCCCUGCACGUAAGCGCGCUCGCACGAGCAUCGAGGCGGCGGCGAACCGCGAUGAGGUGGAGGUGGACCGCAGCGUCGCCUCCGUGACCUCUGAGACGCCAACCGUCAUCACCAUAGAUGAGGACGACGACUCUCGCACUGCGUCGGAGACCGCUACCACCAACACCGCCGCCGCCCAGUCCCGUCGUGCACCCCGCCGCAGCCGCCAGACAACGCUGACGGGCGACGUGGUGGACCCUCCUGAAAAGGCGGUCAAAGGCGGUCGUGCAAAGGCGCGCAAAGAAGACAGCGCCGCCGCUGCUGCGCCUGACAUGACGCUUGGGGGAGAGCUGAAACCCUCCCCACCGGUCAGCGCAGCGAAGAAAACCGGAUCGAAGGCCAACGGUGCUUCUACAGCCUCUUCACCCGCACUGGACGGUCCUGCAGCGGCUCCGAUGCUGGAGCAAGCCCUCCUGGCACACGUGCGCAACGCUCUCGUCCUCUACUCCUUGAAGCGGUCGCAGCGAGUGAUCCGACUAACCACGGUGACCUCAGCGGCCCAGCGAACGGAUGCCAUGAACGCGUACGCCGCCUCUAUUGAAGCGGCCGUGGGUGCAGCUGCGGUGCAGCAGCCACCGUCAUCGGCAGUAGGUGAACUUGAGGAUCGAACAGCACCGGCGCACGCAGACGAAGCCGACGAGGCGGUGGAAGACAGCGCCAGUCACGACGUGGAGGUCGACGACGCACAGGGCUUCCUGGCCCUCCCCUGUGUGCAGUACUUCAUUGUAAACGAGUGUGCACGUGUAGCCCGUGCUGUGCGGGAGGGUGGCGGCAACGGCUACGGUGAUGAUCCUGCCCAGCGUGCGAUGGCGCUGCUGGGCCUCUUGCUCUCCAUGCUGGACACCCCCGGCUCCUUCGUCACCCUGCUCCUCCUGGCUUGUCCCUCCUGCCGGUCGAUUGGAAUUGUCACAGAUACUGUCUCGAAGGUGAUCGAAUUCCUAGUGCUCUCGCAACGCGUAAAGCGGGAAGAUGUUCUCCGCAUGGAUCAAGCAAAGGCCUGUGAAGUGCUUGGGUUGCUUGACGGUUGCCGCGACGACAGCGGCGUGCCGGUCGAGCCGCUGCGUUGCUGCCCGUACGGCGAGGCGCACGUGAACCUGCAACUGCUGCUCGCUGGGCGGGUCCACCUCCAGGGGUCGGUGCGCAACUGCACCCUCCAGUACAGUCUCGUCCCUUUUCAGAUGCACGAUUUCCCGGCAAUUGCCGAGGCCGCAAAACAGUACUAUCGAGGGUACGAGGAAUACACCGCGACGUGGGAGAGGAGGUACAACGAGCAGCGCGUUGGCGGGUACGAGAACUCCGCGGCGCAGUCGUUAUGGCGCAAGCCGACGAAUCCACCCGAAUUGCAAAAGAAAACGCUUGCACUUCUUGCGAACAAAGCCGACGGCGUGACGUGGGCAGAGGAUGUCUUCCACAAAAUAUUUCCGGACACCGUCGUGCCAGGUCAACCGCACCUUAGCUGCGGUGAUCUUCAAGCCCGCAUCCGGGCUGUGUACGCCUACACGCGGGCGGAUGUGCUGGGCAGAGGCGGCUUCUUCAAAGUAGCGCUGAACACGCCCUCGUCUUACUUUCGCGGCCAGGCAGCGGCCGGCAUGCUUGUCGGGUCCGAGCUCGUCUACUUCCCCCACCUUUUUUCCCUCUUGAAGGUCUUUCAGCACAUCGCCGAGGGCAUACUGCACGGCGUGGGCAACGACGACCGCGUCCCGCCUUGCCUGUGCAACUCCAAAGCGGCGUCCCUCAGCCCGUCCUUCCUGAUGGUGGAGGAGCACCUCCCGUACGUUGCCGCACUGCGGCGCUGUCGCGAGGAGCAGUACCUGUUGGUGGACGAGAGCAAAGAAGCUGCGGAGGCAGUCUUGUGCAACUCCCAGGUCCCCGUCGACGUGGACGCGGUCGCGGAGGAUAAGGAAGAAGAAAAGGCCUUAGCGAAGGUAGAAACCGACAGCAAUGACACGGGCGGUACGGAACAGAUGGGCAGCAACGUCUCGUACUACGCCGCCGGCUCCUUCGCGCGCUUCCACGCCACGUUGGACCUGGUAGGGCAGAUGAGCGCCGAGCAGACGAUGAACUACGUGGCACGCGUGACCGCCGACUCCGCGGAGGCGCUCCCUGUCGCCGCUGUUCCCCGCACGUACAUCCACGCGGCGCUGAAGCGGCACCAACUGGAGGACGUGCAGUGGAUGUGGAGUAAGGAGACGGAGGGUUACCGCGAGCAUGUCCAGGUGCCGCUCUACUGUGUAGUCCCCAGCACCACCGCAGCACAGCGGCCGGUCGUGCAGCGUACCGGAAUGAUGUUUUACUGCGCGACGACGGAGGAGGUCAUCGUGGAACGCGGUGCAGCAACGCAGACGGCGAAGUGGAGCGCCGCAGGGAACUUGAUCCGCGGUGGCCUCCUGUGUGACGACGUCGGGCUGGGCAAAACGCUCGCGGUGCUGACGCUGUGCGCCUACGACCGCGCCUCGCGUGAGUCAGGUGCCGUCGACGAUGACGAAGACAACGCGAUGUCCUCGCCCAACCGCUUCUGGCAGGCAACGGCCCGCAACACCGUCGCCCGCACCACGUCCAUCGUUUUUAACCCCGACGUUCUGCGGUGGGGCUUCGGUCCAGACACCUUCCUCGCUGGCACCGCGCCGCACACCGUCUGCCCAAUGCGCCUGCCGCGGACAACGCUGGUCGUCGUCCCGCUCUCCAUCGCGGCUCAGUGGAUCGAGGAGCUCCACAAGUUCUACCCAGGCGCGUCGUACAUCCUCUUCCACGGCGCAAAGCGCACACAGUACACCGCGCAGGACUUACAGCGAGCAGACUUCGUACUCACGACCUAUGAGACACUGUCCACCCACCUGCGACACGAAACCGACGGACUGCACUACUGGCUGUCACGCAGCGCGGAUGUGGGGGACGACAAGGCGUGCGCCGAGGCAGCCUCGCGAGGGUGGCAGGCGUGCCGACCGUCGCACCUUUACGCAGCACUACAGGCAUUCGCGUCGUCCACCGUGUGGUCGCCGCUGCCGGACGCGGGUGACUCUCGCUUUCUCAAUUUCAACCGCAGUCGCGGGUUUGUGCUGGACGUGCACAACACGGCAGACGUGGAGGCCGCUGUGCAGCAUCAACGUGGACGCGGUCGGACACGUAGUGGUGGUGGCCGGCGUGGGCGCGGCCGUAGUGAGAACGCGGGCGACAACCACGACGGCGUUGCUUCGCCGCCACCGCCGCCGCAGUUGAACAAGUGGGUGUUUGUGUUUCAAGAGCCCGUGGGCUUGCCUUGCUUUCACUGCCCCGUCUUCUCGCUCUAUGUGAACGCCAACGGCGACCCCACGAACAACGCCGUCGAGUACCAGCCAGCGUGGCAGGCCCUCUACCAUCGUCUCUGCAUUGACGCGCCGAGCCCAGUGAGCGACUCGUUUUUGGACGGCCUGUGGGCGCUUGUGAAGGGUUAUUCCGCCUCCAUCCAAGCCCCUCCAGAGACGUCCUCCUACUCGAUGCACACUGGUCUGUUUGAUGCGGCUGUGGGAAGUAGCUACACGGAAUCUCUAUUUGCUCUGAUUUUCCGCACCGAGACGCGGUACCCGAUGUCAGAUCACAUCCGGCGGUUAUUCGUCCUCCACGUCCUCUUGCCGCCGCUGUGGCAACCACUUCAGAUGUACUGGGCCGAGAUGAAGCCGCACUACGCAGCCGUUGCGUCCGCCGAGCUCACUGGGCAGAUGCCGCUGCGCAUCUUGGACCUUCUGUUUCACCGUGUGGUGCUGGACGAGUCGCAGAAGUGCGGCGCAAACAGUCUUUUUCACUUGUUGUUGGGCGAGCGCCGCUGGGCGGUGACCGGGACGCCGCUGAACAACAACAAGACCACAGCGCUUAGCACCGCCCUCUCUUUCCUCGGCAUGAGCAGCGCGGCGCAGCUUCUUUCCAGGACUCCACACCACCGGAUGUACGUGUUCAACACGUGGUUGAGCAGACACACCAGCAACUCCCAAUUCUUUAAUCGCAUGCACUUCAGCCGAACCGUAUGCACGGCGUUGAAACGCCUGAUGGCGCGGCUUUGCGUUCCCGUUUACCCCAACGAGGAAUUUCAGGAUCCUUCCUUCUGCUUGUGUUCGCUUUGCACGCAGGACGGCGCGUACGGCGCUGCCGCAGGUGUGGGCGCCACCAUUCCGCUGGAGUGGCGCCGCCGCGAGGAGCAGCGCCAAUUCCUGUGCGAUUUGCCCUGCCUGCCCAACGUACUGAUGGAGAUUUUUGCGCUGACGAUGGUGCGCCACGAACGCAGUCAACAGGUGAGUCGCGAGCUGCAGCUUCCGCCGGUGCGCUACACAACCCAUCGCGUGGACUUGAGUGGGGACGAGAUGCAGCUGUACGACCGCGUUGCGCGGGCGGUCAUGCAGGUUGCCGCCCGGCUCCAUCGCCAAGGCGUGCUGAGCUCUCGCAUGGGCCAUGCCAUGCAAUGGGCACAGGCGCUGUGCCGGCUGUGCCUGCACCCGUCCCGCGUGGGCGAUGCGGCGCUGCUCCGUGGCGACAUCGAGGCCCACCUCCUGCGCGCGGUGCGGUUUGUCGGAAACGACAGCAGCCCGAGCCCAGCAAACCUCGCAGCCGCCGUCGAGGAGGCCUCCUUUGUCGAAGUGACGGCGCAAGAGGCGCUGGAGUGGGCGCAGAUGCUGGCCGCCAACAACACGAAGCGCGCGCACAUUUCCUUCACCGUGCAGAUCGCCACUGCAACCAACAGCGGCAGAGGCCGCAGCGCGCAGAAAAUCCCAGAGGAAACUGUUGCCGCGUUGAACGACCUGCAGGCCGAUCCUCCGUUGCUGCCGCUGUGCGGUGUUUGCUUGGACGACAUGGUCGCCCCUACCCUGCUCAGCUGCUUCCACAUGUACUGCAAAGAAUGUGUGAUUGGUGUGAUUGACGCCAGCCGCAGCUUUGCCGGCAACGUAAUCGCAAAGUGUCCCUAUUGCCGCGAUCCGAAAUCGUUGCUGGUGGAGAAGCGUGUGAUCACGAUCGGACACGAGGCGGCGAUAAACGAAGAAGCCACGGCGCAAACUGCACCCGAGGCUGAUGACGCGCCGUCCGGCGUGCUCGACACGGACGACGGCGAAGCUGCGUUGAUCCGCAUCGGCGAUGGAAGCCGCGUGUGUGCCUUUGUCGCCCUCGUGGCGCAGAUUUGGGCCGCCGAGCCGGGCGAUGGCAUACUCGUCUUCUCCAAGUACCCUGCGUUUCUGCAGUUGGCGCACGACACCAUCCAGGCGGCCGGGUACGCGCCGUACAUAGUGCGAGGAGCGUCGACACUCGCGCAGCGGCAGCGCGUAAUGCGCGCGCUGCAGCAGCCCGGCGGUGCAUUGCCUGUGCCGCAUCGCAUUCUUUUCGUCACGUCACGCAGCGCCAACGCCGGUCUCAACCUGACCUUCGCGAACCACGUCAUCUUUCUGGAGCCCAACCUGAACCCAGCCAUGGAGCAGCAAGCCGUCGGCCGCGUCCACCGCUUUGGUCAACUAAAACAGGUAUACGUUCAUCACCUUUACGCGCCCCGCACCAUUGAAGAGGUCAUCUACGUCCGAUCGGUGCGCUUGCGCGAACAAGCGACGCAGCAGCCCGUCGCACGCCCUCCGGCAGCGAUGGCGGCGGAUGCUGUGAACGCCAACGAGGUGCAGCGCGAUACUCAGUUCGGCCGCAUUGCCCCGGCCGAGAUCUCUCUUCUUCUCGAGUACCCUGUGCCUCCGCAGCGCGCGUAA